AUGGCAGCUCUGCAAUCAGUUGAUCUGGCUGUCUGUCCUUGUGCACCUGCAGCCCUCCAACUCCUUUGGAUGGGCUACUUCCCCUGUGCCCCACUGGGGCCAACACUUGCUGUUAGCCUACAGCUUCUCAGCUUUGUCCAACAACUCUUCAUGUGCAUACCUCCAAACACUUCAGCAUGGUGUGAGUCCCUUGAGGCAUACCUUGCAGCUAUGGGUUAUGAGGUGGACACAAAGUCAUGGGUCAUUGCUGAUGAUACUUGCAGGAGGAGCUGGCAGAGCAAUAAUAGUGAACAUGGCUUUUCUGAUGUUGAUGCAAUUGUUUGCAUUGAUGCUUGUUUUACUCAGAAGUGCAGAAGUGGGCAUCCAGAUGAUCCAGUAAACCCUACAGCUACAGUCUUUCUUUCACAAGAAGAUAUUUGUGCUAUGGAGCAUGAGGUUAAUGAGUUGCAAAAGUCAAAGUCUUCAACCCAAAGGAGGAGUGGACAGCCUUUGAAAAAGAAUUAUCUUGGUGAUGGGGAGGAUGAGUUUGAAGAGGGAAUGAGGAUAACAAUGUCAGUGCUGAAGGGUUGUAAUGAGUCCUUUACUGCAGCUGAUGAGAGGCACCAGAAAUAUUUCAUGCCUUUGGUCAUCAACGGGCAUGUCAGCUUAUCUAUCACCCCUGAAAAUGUGAAGGAUUUGGGCUAUCUGAUGGAGAGGGAUUAUCAUCAAUGCCUCUUUGUUAUUGACUUCCAGAGUCUCACUGGUUUGGGCCAGUGGCUUUUGUGUCACUGGAAUCAUUGCCAAGAAAAGACAGCUACUGCAAACAGAGGCCUAAGGAGAUGUGGAGUUGAUAUCCCAACUCUUCAAGCUGAAUGGGUUGCUCAAGUCUCUGCACAGAAAAAGCCAGCUCCUUGUCACAGCUCUAAAGCUGCUGAGAAUAUGAUAUUGCAAAUCAUGGCAACUCAGAAAUCAUUGGGAAAUUAUGAGGCCAAGGCGGAAAGUGUCAUCAAAAGGCCUCAUACACAAGGGAAAAGCUCCUCAGGGGUCAAUAGCCCCACUCCUGAUCCCAAGGGACUCUUUGUUCAACUGGAUGUGGAUGAUGAUAUUUGGCAGGAUAUUGGCCUUGGGGAUGAUUCAGAUGGGUUACUACCCCCAUGGUUAGCUGAUGAAAAAGUGCACUCAAGGAUCAGAUCACUCCUUGAGCUGAGGCAUUGUGAAGAAGAGGAAAGGCACCUGUUGCAGGAAAGAAGAGCUUUGACAGAGUGGUUUUCUGAAGAGUGGGGUCAUGUGCAGAAAACCAGACAGAGUGCUGAUGUUGAUCUUGCAUAUGAACUUGACUGCAGAGCAUUGAGACUAGCAGAGGCAACUAGAGGCUAUCCUGGAACACCUAAUGAGAACUGGGGUGCAAGUGAUGAAGAACUGCACAGCAUGGUGCAGGGUGGUCAUGUUAUAUAUAUUGAUGGUGAUAAUGAGGAGAGGUUUGAUGGAUUGGAGUCAGAGGGUGAAGAGGAUGAGGAUGAAGUGAUGGAUGAUUAA